UUUCUUGCUCACUCUUAUGCUGGCUAUUGAGGUUGAUGUACGCUCAUUUUCUGCUAAAAUAGUUGCAGAAUUCUAACGUGCGCCAUGGGCCUUCUCGACCAGCUGUGGGACGACACCGUGGCGGGGCCUCGACCAGAGAACGGCCUCGGCAAGCUGCGGAAGCAUCCCACCUUCAAUUUCCGGUCAAACUCCGGCAAGGAAUCCGAUGGUCGAACCACGAGAUCGAGCGCUGACGAAGCAUCCGAGGAGGUGAUGAGAGUUACGCGCAGUAUCAUGAUAGUAAAACCGCCUGGAUACCAGAAUUCUCCACCGGUUUCACCCGCUGGCUCUACUCCUCCGGUAUCCCCUUUCUCUGGAGGCAGAGAGUCAUUUCGGUUUCGAAGAAGAUCGACAUCGGAUGCGUACGAGAAGGCAAGCGAGGUUGGACCCAGGAGUCCUCCUCCUCCUUACAACGUGUGAAAUAUGAGACAUCUGGAUCUUUAUCCGGCUUAUGUAAACUUAGUGUUGUCAGUGUAGCUAUGCCUGUUAAUUUGGAUUGUGAUAUGUUCAUUUGCAGUAGUUUAGACUUUCUGCCUUUUUUGGGAUGUUUAGCUCUAGUGUUCAUGAGAUGGACUGUAACUUUGUGAGCAUAGAUCAUGUGAUGGUGUGUUAAUGUAGUUAUUACUAUAUGUAUAUAGCUUUCCUUUGAGUA